CUCGUCUUCAGCUGCCUGGUGCUGUCGGUCUUCUCCACCAUCCAGGAGCACCAGAAAUUGGCCAACCAGUGCCUCUUCAUCCUGGAGUUCGUCAUGAUCGUGGUGUUCGGCAUGGAGUACAUCAUCCGCGUCUGGGCGGCCGGCUGCUGCUGCCGCUACCGAGGCUGGAGGGGACGCUUCCGAUUUGCCAGGAAACCCUUCUGCGUUAUAGAUUUCAUCGUCUUCAUCGCUUCCGUGGCCGUCAUCGCCGCCGGCACCCAGGGCAACAUCUUCGCCACUUCGGCGCUGCGCAGCAUGCGCUUCCUGCAGAUCCUGCGCAUGGUGCGCAUGGACCGUCGCGGCGGCACCUGGAAGCUGCUGGGCUCUGUCGUCUACGCCCACAGCAAGGAGCUCAUCACCGCCUGGUACAUCGGCUUUUUGGUGCUCAUCUUCGCCUCCUUCCUCGUCUACCUGGCUGAGAAGGAUGCCAAUGCCCAAUUCGCCACCUACGCCGACUCCCUAUGGUGGGGCACGGUCACCCUCACCACCAUCGGCUACGGGGACAAGACGCCGCAGACGUGGCUGGGACGGAUGCUGGCGGCCGGCUUCGCCCUGCUCGGCAUCUCCUUCUUCGCGCUGCCUGCCGGGAUCCUGGGCUCCGGCUUCGCCCUCAAAGUGCAGGAGCAGCAUCGGCAGAAGCACUUUGAGAAAAGACGGACUCCGGCAGCAAACCUGAUCCAGGCUGCCUGGCGCCUGUACUCGACGGACGUCAGCCGGGCGUACCUGACGGCCACGUGGUGUUACUACGACAGCCUCCUGCCCUCCUUCAGAGAGCUGGCCCUAAUGUUUGAGCAUUUGCACCGAGUCCGCAACGGAGGAUUUAGGAAUUCAGAGGUUAAAAAAUUGCCUGACGGAGCCCCACCGCCUUAUCACUCCUUCACCCCUGGCCAGAAAAGCAUCAGCCCUGCCGCUUGUUCAGGGGAAAGCAACAAGAUGGGCAUCAAGGACCGUAUCCGCCUGAGCAGCUCGCAGCGGCAGGGCAGCCGGGGCAGGCAGCACCUGGGACCCCCCCUGCACCGCUCCCCCAGCACCGAGGACAUCCCCGAGGCUUCCAGCCCCACCAAGGUGCAGAAGAGCUGGAGUUUUAAUGACCGGACCCGUUUCCGUGCAUCCCUGAGGCUCAAGCCGCGGACCCCAGUUGAGGCCGACUGCCCGCCAGAGGACAGCAGCGAGGAGAAGAGCUCCCACUGUGACCUGACCUUCGAGGACAUCAUGCCAGCAGUGAAGACCCUCAUCCGGGCUGUCAGGAUCCUGAAGUUCCUGGUGGCCAAGAGGAAAUUUAAGGAGACCUUGCGUCCCUACGACGUCAAGGACGUCAUCGAGCAGUACUCGGCCGGCCACCUGGACAUGCUGGGCAGGAUCAAGAGCCUGCAGAUGCGCGUGGACCAGAUCAUGGGCAGGGGGGCCCUCGCUGCAGACAAGAAGAUGCGGGAGAAGGGGGAGAAGCCGGCGCUGGAGACGGAGCUGGUGGAUGAGCUCAGCAUGAUGGGGCGAGUGGUCAAAGUGGAGAGGCAGGUGCAGUCCAUUGAGCAGAAGCUGGACCUGCUGCUCGGUUUCUACUCCCAGUGCCUCCGCAAGGGCUCCAUAAACUCCUUCAGCCUGGCCGCCGUGCAGGUGCCCCCCUGCGAGCCCGACAUCACCUCCGACUACCACAGCCCUGUGGACCACGAGGACAUCUCGGUCUCUGCCCAGACCCUGAACAUCUCCAGGUCGGCCAGCGCCAACAUGGACUGA